UUUAACACCCAUUGGUUCUAGCCAUAUAUAGUAGGAAAUAUACCUUGGCCAAAGUGCAACCUUGAGCCCUUUUAAAGGUCCUUGCCAUGCCUUUCCAAAGCAUUAAAAGUGGAAUAGAGUUGACAAAGUUGAUGGGUAUCUGAUCUGCUGUUGAUCAGGAGGGCAUUCAAUACAAUAAUCGGGUGUGAAGUAAAGUGAAGCACCCAUUUGAGUUCAUUUACUCUCACAAAGAAGGCCAAAGGAAAUCAGUCUUCUACUUCACUUGAAUCCAGUUGAAACAGAGAUCUGAGGGCUUGAUCUGCAUUUUUACUGAGAAUACUUGCAUCCAUGGAGAAAUUACAGCAAUGUGAACUGCCCAUCUCUUCAGUCAAGUGCAAAUCUGAUGCUACUCAAAGGAGUGGAGUUCAAGAUCAGCUUUCUUUGAGUCCUAAGAAGUUCAAGGAGGCCAGAAGAUACAGAGGAGUUAGGAGACGCCCAUGGGGUCGUUAUGCUGCAGAGAUCAGGGAUCCUAAGUCUAAAGAAAGGCGUUGGCUUGGAACCUUUGACACAGCAGAGGAGGCUGCUUAUGCCUAUGAUUUUGCUGCAAGAACCAUGAGAGGAAGCAAGGCCAGAACCAAUUUUCUCUACAUAGAUUCAGAGCCCUGCUGCAUUUUAUCCAAACCCUUUGCGACCUCUGUACCCACUGGUUUCAAAGACCUGUUUUUUGCCAAGCCAACAAAGUUACAGCAGAAUUCUUGGUCUGAUUGCCUGGGAGAUUCCACCAUUAGACCCAGUGCCUGCAAUGAGCCUAAGCUUGGCUCCAGCCUCUUUGGAGACAUGAGUGUGAGCAAUUACAUAAGGUCCUCAAUGCAUCAGAUGCAUCAAAUGGACAAAAAUGACCCUCAGAUGCUUGGAUGUUCCAAUAGCUUUACUCCCGUCUCUCUUCCUAGAGUUCAUAGCAGUAGCAUUGGGAGGUCAUGGCAAAAUUUUGGCCAGGUCAAUCCUAAUCCUAGCCCUAACCUUAACAUAUCUUCUUCAUCUGCACUUGAAUUGCCCAAUACUGAAGUCUGCUAUCAGAGCUCAGCCACUGACUUCACUAUCCCAUGCUCAUUUCCUUGCUGUCAGCCAUCCUCCUCACUCACUUCCUUCAACAUGCCUGGCCAGCCAACCUUCAGCAACACCAAUCCAGUUCAGUGUACUGUACCCUCCUCAACAUCCACAAUGCCAAAACCAGUGGAAAACCAAGGUUUUCUUCCAUUCUUAGAAGAUCUUGCUUCUGCACCUUCAUCUGAAGUUUGCAGUCCAGUAUCAUCGAAUCAAGUCCAGAACACCACAGACUGUUGUUCCUACUCAGAUUCAGGCUUGUUGCAGGAGAUAUUUAAUAGGUUCCUUCCCUCACCCAUCUCCCCUAUUUCCUCAUCAACUGCCUGCAGCCCUGACAUCAACAAUGGCAGCAACUUGGAUUAUGGUUUUGGCCUUCCACAGGAAAUGAGUGCUCAAGAUUCUACUUGCAUAGACACAACUGACUUGGAUCUUCAGAGGAUGUCAGGGACAGAAUACCAGAGUUUAUAUUUGAAUCAUCAUUUUCAUGAUGAACUUAAUCAGCAGCAGCAGAAGCAAGAGCAAGAACAACAGCAGUAUGAGGAUUGCCAAUAUGAUACAAUCGACAAGCUGAUGAACUGCAGUCAAUUGCCAACUGGUUCAUAUGAAUAUCAAUGGUCCAAUGAUACUGAAUUGUACAAUCAAUCAGUCAUUGGAGACACUCUUAUGCAGGAGCUUCUGCAACAGUCUGCUUUAGAGAUGGUUGACAUGACAACCUUGCCUCUUUUUCUGUGAAUAUGGUCUAACCAUAGCAAUUCUUCAAUGCUAUAGAAUAGAGAUCCAUAAUGUUACUCUUGCUUUUCUCUGCUUUCUGAUUUGAGUGAUGUGAAAAAGAUGGACAGAGUGUAGAUACAAAUUAACCAUUCCAUUGAUUUUAUGUCAAUUCAUCUUCUGCCUUCUAAUC